AUGGCUGGGUUAGCUCAGACGACUAUAAGUAAGAUUCACCAAGUGUAUGAUCGCUGGAUGCCAAAAUUGCCGGCAGAGAUUACACCGCGUAAUGUACUGAUAUUUUGCGUCAUUUCAUUGUUGUGUAUUGGUACGGUGAUGGUGGCUUCGGCUUCAAUGCCUUAUGCCGAACGGAUGCAUGAAAACGAAUUUCACUAUGUGAUUCGUCAUGCAAUUUCGAUCGUGGUGGCUUUUGUUGCGGCGGCAAUUACCUAUCGAGUUUCACUCAACCUUUGGUUUAAAAAUACCUUUCCAUUGUGGUUGAUCACCAUUGCUUUAUUACUCGCCGUCUUGGUGGUGGGUACAGAAGUCAAUGGUUCAACACGCUGGAUUCGUGUAGGUGGAUUUACCUUGCAGGCAACCGAAGUCGCCAAGGUGAUGAUGGCCAUAUUUACCGCAGACUAUGUGGUUCGUCGUGCUGAAGAGGUCCGUAAUAAUAUUAAGGGCUUGGUACGUCUAGGUGUGGUGAUGUUGCUGACGGUCGGACUAAUUAUUGCAGAGCCUGACUUAGGGGCAACAGUGGUGAUUGCUGUUUCGAUGCUGGGUGUGUUCUUCUUGGCUGGUGCACCCAUGAUCCAGUUCGGCUUUGCAUUUGGUGCGAUUCUGGUGGCAUUUGUAUCCUUAAUCGUGUUUGAACCAUAUCGUUAUGAACGCUUAAUGUCAUUCUCAAACCCUUGGGCUGAUCCUUUGGGCUCUGGUUAUCAAUUGUCGAAUGCCUUGAUGGCCUUUGGUCGUGGUGAAUCCAAACCCCACCCGAAUCCUAAUAGACGGACUUCGUGUGUGACUGAAAUACAACCGUUAAAACCCACUUCUUAA